AUGCUGAGCAGCUCAAACAUUGGCAGCAAUGGGAAUGGCGGCAACAAUGACUACAGCACCGGCGCAGCUAAAUACGAAGGACUGGAUGGCACCAACGGAAACGGCGGUGGUAGUUCAGCUUCUAGCGGCAAUUCCUGGAAUCUCGGCGGAUCAUCAAAUAUGAGUCUCAAGUACGAGAGCAACAAAAUUGGCGGAAACAGCGGCGGAAAUGGAAACGGCUCCUGGUCGACCGGGAACAGCAUGGGCGGCCUCGUUGACGGCCUCGGCGGCUCGGUCCUCUCCAACAACGGCGGUUUUGGAGGCCUGGGCGACGGAAGUGGCGGUGUGAAUGGUACUGGUCAUCUCGUUUCCAACUCGAUCUCCUCAGCGGCAGCCGCUGCAGCCGCCGCCGAUCCGUUUGGCUUUGUGACGGCCCAUGCGGCGAAUGAUGCGCUGAGCAAAUCGACCUCCUUUGCCUACUACUCACAGUUCGCCGGCGGAGGCAUCAGAGGGCUGACGUUGUAA